AUGGCUAAAAACGGUCGUAAGGAAGUGGACCAGCGUAAGGGUGAAGAAAAGAAAGAGCCGCAAGUACGAGAUGAACAGCAAGAGGCUUUAAGAGAAAAGGCUAUCAAAAAUAUGGCUAGGCGGCCAGACUAUGGAAAGUCUGGUCGGCAUACUCACGUGCUUACGAAUUAUUUCGAGAUAAAAAAGACAGCGAAUAAGUCAUUUCUUGAAAAAUACGAGAUCACAAUGAAGCUUAUAAUUCAACAGAGACCUGAGGGAGAAGGUAACCAAAGAAGACGCGCCCCAAGGCAACAAAAACAACUUCCUGUAAAUGUGCAACGUGCGGUAUUUCAACAAUUAGAAAGGCAGGAACGUAAUGGUUGGUUCAAAGGAGUUGGUGUGGUUUUCGAUGGUAACACGACCCUUUAUUCCACCGAUUUAUUAAAGUUAAAUAAUUCCGAUUCUGGGAAUACAUUGGUUAGUUUAAGUGAUGAUCAGGACUCCAGGGGAAACCCGAUGGAAUAUAAGGUUGAAGUUCAGAAACUUGACAAAGUAGACUUGGAUGAAUUGAAGAAAUGUCUUGAAGGUACAGAAAUGAAAUGGGAAUAUUUCGACUUAGCUGGCAUAAGAGGAUUAAAUGCUCUCAUUCAUCACAUUCCAUCAAUGAAGUAUACUCAAUUUGGCGAAUCUACAUAUUUGCCUUCAACUCGUAAGCCAUUGGGAGGAGGUGUAGAACUAUGGAUGGGGUGGUUUGAAAGUGUAAGGCCUGGCCAAGAUAGUUAUUUCGUUAACGUCAAUACAACCUACACCGUAUUUUAUGAGCCUGGUAUUCUUUCAAAUUUGAUUACAAAAUAUCUCAAUUUCCAAUCGGGUUCCAUCCCAGAUCGCCUUAAUCAACAAGAAAACGAUAGAGUAACUGAGCUCAUACGUGGUUUACAAUUUAAACCUAUUCAUCGUCCUCAAAUUGAAACCAGAUUUAAAAUUAAAAGGCUUUGUCCUAAAAAUGCUUAUGAUGUUAUAAUUGAUAUGCCGGAGUCUAGCGAGAAAAUUAAUAUUUAUACAUAUUUUCAACAUCGCUAUAAUAUUACUUUACGUUAUUUACACCUUGUUGAACUUGAAGGGCGUAGAAACGAUAAAGUUCCAAUAGAACUUUGCAAUGUUAUUGAGGGUCAACGAUUCCCUGUUGCAAAAUUAACAAGUACUCAAAGAGGGACAAUGAUUAAACAUACCGCUUUAUCACCUCAAGAAAAUGUACAUCGAAUUAAUGAAGGCAUUCAAAAUGUUUUGCAAUUCGGAAAAGAUUUUAAAUUAAAUAGCUUUGGGAUGGUCGUUGAGGAACAAAUGGCGGUUAUUCCUGCUCGUGUCUUGAGAGCACCACAAAUUUCAUAUCAUUCAUCUUCAAAAGCUGGUGGAACUGUUAAACCUAGGGAAGGUGGAUGGAAUUUAAAAGAUCGUAAAUUUGUAAGGAGUGGAGAUACUCUUCGUUAUUGGGUUGUGGUCGCGUUUAUUGACCAACGAAGAUUAUCAGUUAGCAAAGCGAAGCAAUUUGUGAAAGAACUUGUCAUUACUAGUCGACAACAGGGAAUGGAUAUUGAGGAAGGCAACCCUAGAGUUAAUUAUAUCAGGCCUCACGGUGAUGCGCAAACUUAUCAACGAAUGAUUGAGCAAGAAUAUGAAAAUGCUCUAACUCAUUUUCAAAAUGUGUUGCAGCUUAUGCUAUUUAUUCUUCCAGAUGAUGAUGAAAAACGUUACAGAGCCAUAAAAUAUACUACCGAUACCGUACUUGGUGUUCCUUCACAAUGUGUACAACUUGAGAAGGUGCAAAAAAAAAGUAAACAAUAUUGUGCCAAUGUAGCACUCAAAAUUAAUUUGAAACUUGGAGGGACGAAUCAAUCUCUUGAAGAAACCGAAAUUCCUGAGUUAUCAAAAGGACCGGUUAUGUUGCUUGGGGCAGAUGUUACUCACCCUACCGGUGGACGCGCCGGACCUUCAAGUAUACCUUCAAUCUGCGCAGUUGUUGGUUCUCUUGACCGUCAAGGUGGACGAUUUAUCUCCAAGCUUGAAAGUCAAAAAACAAGACAAGAAAAAAUUGAAAAUAUGGGUGGCAUGGUUAAAGAAAUUUUAAAAGAUUACCGUGCAAAGAAUAAUAUCUUGCCUCAACGAAUGAUCAUGUAUCGUGAUGGUGUAUCAGAAAGCCAAUUUGAGAUGGUUUUGACUCAUGAACUUGAAAAAAUCAAAGAGGCUUGUAAAGAAAUCGAAAAGAGUUAUAAUCCUCCGAUUACCUUUGUGGUUGUAGGCAAGCGACAUCACACUCGAUUUUAUCCACAACAAGACCGUGAUGCUGAUAGCAAAGGAAAUUGUGUAGCUGGCACUGUUGUAGAUAGUAGAAUAACGCAUCCAUAUUUAUUUGAUUUCUUCUUACAAUCACAUACAAGUUUACACGGAACUUCUCGUCCAGCCCAUUAUCAUGUUCUUUUUGAUGAAAAUAAAUUCACAGCCGAUAGACUGCAAAAUUUAACACAUAAACUUUGUUAUAAUUAUCAACGUGCUACCCGUUCUGUUUCCAUUGCACCAGCAGCUUAUUACGCACAUUUGGCAGCUAAACGAGCGCGAUUGCAUCUUGAACAAAAGCCGCGUGGAGAGCCCGAAUUUGUAUUAAAGGAAGUUAAAGAAAGUUUAGCCAAAGAGCCUAGCACAAGACAAAGGAUAUCAGACCAGCUAACACCUUCUGGUCGUCCUAUCGUUAGUACACCUAAAAAUCAAAAUGAUCGUUACAAGGGUAACAAAAACCAAAGGAGAGGAGGCGGUGGUAAUAAAAAUAACCGAGAUAGUCGUGAUAAGAUAAGUCCAAUAUUACCGAACCUUGUUGAAAUCAUAAAGCCGGAAAAAAAAGGUUUUCGUGCGAUACCGAUUAUUCCAACCGUAAAGGAAAUUUUAGCACCACAACCAGAAUUGGGAGAUAUUCCUAUAAAUCGAAUUGAGGAACCAUACGAAUCAAUUAACGAGUAUCUGGAAACUCAUUAUAAAUUACUAAGAGAAGACUGUAUAAGACCUCUUCGUGAAGGUAUACGGGUUUUUAAAGCAAACCCCGAAGAAAAAAAUCGAGAUUUACGAGUAUAUGUUAAGAUUAAUCUUGUGGGUGUAACAUUCGCAAAAAUUGGCGUCGUACAUCGCAUCAGUUUCAGAACCAAAGAUUUUGAGCGUGUUAAUUGGUCAACAAGCAAACGUUUACUUCCUGGAACAUUAGUCGUCUUUUCAAAAGACAAUUUUGAAACAAUGAAGUUUGCAACGGUUGUUAACCGACCUCUUGAACUACUUGGAAAGAGUUUUGAUUUACAAAUUGAUGUCCUUUUUCGAUUGGAAGAUAUAGAUUUUGAAUUGUCAGAAGGAUAUGUUAUGGUUGAAUCAACUUCAUCGUAUUUCGAAGCUUACAGGCACGUCUUAAAUAUCCUUCAGGAACUGGAUCCUGAAACACUACCAUUUAAGGAUCAUAUUGUUGAACGAAAUAUAGAAAUCGAAAUUCCUGAAUAUUUGAAAGCAAGAAUUCCCAUCUAUGAGUUCGGUAAAACCGAAGCGUUUCAAAACCUCGAAAAUUGUUAUGGCACAUCGAGGCUUAAUGUUCGAAAAGAAUGGGAUAAAUGGCCAACGAUUGAAGAAAUGAACACUGAAUUACAUAUUUCACAAUACGAAGCAUUAAAGAGGAUGCUUACAUGUCGAUUAGCUUUAGUUCAAGGACCACCAGGUACAGGAAAAACUUAUGUGGGUCUUACUGCAGUUAGAAUUUUAUUAGAGAAUCUUCCAGGUACUAUUGUUGUCGCGUGUCAGACAAAUCAUGCUUUAGAUCAAUUCCUUGAAGGCAUUCAAAUGUAUGAGGAAAAUAUUAUUAGACUAGGUUCAAGAUCUUCUUCACAAAAAAUCAUACCACGUACAUUGUUUAAUAUCCGAAAUGAAAUGAAAUCGUCUAGUACAAUGAUUAGAAAUCGGGAUAUUAAUCGUUUAUUUGCUAAAAAAGAUAAGAUUGAGCAUGAAAUGAAAGAUUUAUGUAAAGAGUUAGGGAAGCCAUGUCUUAGAUUGGAUUUCAUCAAAGAACGGGGAUAUCUCUCAGAUGAGCAAAUUUCGAGUCUUAAACAAGAUGAUUGGUAUACAAGUAGUUCAUCCGGUAAUGAUGAUAGCGAUAGAGACUAUAUACAAGAAUGGCUUGAAGCCUCAAUUUCUGCUGCAAUCCAUAUUCUCGAAGCAGAUUUUCAGGGAGUUGAUGGUGGACAGCUUACAAGCGGGGAAUUUGUAGAAUUAAGGAAUGAAAAAUGUAUACAGUCGGAUGUAUACGUUAGUGAAGAUAUGAUAAUUGAAUAUUCUUCCGCGGAAGAUUUAUGGUCUAUACCUCAAGAAGUCCGUGUAGAAAUCCAUAGACGUUGGCGUCGUGAAAGACUGGAAGAAAUUUUUGACAGACUUAAACAACUUUGUGAGCAAUAUCUCAAAUUAUGUGAUCAGAUAAAAACCGAAAGGAUUCGUGAAGAUUUAUUUAUUCUCAAACAGAAUCGCGUUGUUGGGAUGACCACUACAGCCGCAGCCAAGUAUCAUGAUUUACUGAUUAAUUUGGCACCAAAAAUCAUGAUUAUUGAAGAAGCUGCCGAGACUUUGGAAGCACACAUUGUGACCGCUCUUACACCUGCGACUGAACAUUUGAUUCUUAUUGGUGACCAUCAACAACUUCGACCAAAUACUUCUGUGCAUGAACUUGCCGAAGUCUUUAAAUUGGAUGUUUCAUUGUUUGAACGGUUGACUAACUUCUUGCCUUAUUGUCAACUCACUGAACAACGCCGUAUGCGACCUGAGAUCAGAGAACUGCUCACACCAAUUUAUAAAGAUGUCCUUACAGAUCACGAGAUAGUAUGUAACUAUCCUAAUGUUCCAGGUUUUUGCAAUGAUCUCUUUUUCUUUGAUCACCAAGAAGAGGAGGUUCAUGAAGAAGAAACGAUGAGUAAAAAGAACAAGUUUGAGGCACAGAUGUGUACCAAAUUUACUGAUUAUCUUGUGAAAGGUGGAACGAGUGCAAAAAACAUUACCAUUUUAAGUAUGUACUCUGGUCAAAGGAAACUCAUUAAUCAGUUAUUAAGAGAUGAAUCUCGUAAUACACCAGAAAUGGUAGAUGUUCGUGUUUGUUCAGUGGAUGGCUUCCAAGGAGAGGAAAAUGAUAUAAUCCUUUUGUCUUUGGUAAGAAGCCGCGAUACACGACAAAGUAUAGGUUUUUUGAGUGUGGCCAACAGAGUUUGCGUUGCUUUAUCACGAGCUAAGCAUGGGAUGUAUAUUUUUGGCAACGCAUCACAAUUAAAAAUGCAAUCCGAACUUUGGCGAGAUGUUUUGAGAAUACUUGAAAAAACUGGUCUUUGCGGUCAAACUAUUGAUCUGUAUUGUCAAAAACAUUCUAAUCCUAAUAAAGAAGAAUGGCCACACGGUGUGGAGAUAACAGAAGUUUCAUGGUAUGCUGACAUUCCACCUGAAGGUGGUUGUAUGAGGGAAUGUCAAGAGGUGAUGGAAUGUGGUCACAUUUGUCCGAAUAAAUGUCACAUAGCUCCACACAAUACUUGUAAGGAAAAAUGCAUCCGGAAAUUCCCUUCUUGUGGUCAUUCAUGUACCAAACGAUGUGAUGAUCCAUGUGGAAAUUGUGAAAAAAUGAUUAUGUUUCACCCACAAUGUGGACAUGAUAAAGAAGUGCCUUGUUACGUAAGUCAAUCACCAACGAUGUGCCGAGCUACGGUUAGAGUUGGAUUUCCUGAUUGUAAACAUUUCGAUCGUUCACCUUGUUAUAAAGCUAAAGAACAUAAGAAAUGUCCUUUUUGCUAG